CCUAGCACUGUUUUGAGAAAGAAAACGUAAAGGUGACGCCUCUGUGCCUUCUAUCACUCCAGAUGUCAUAGCACCUUGAUUCUUGAAAUCUAAAAUAUCACAGUAGUUUGUUUCUUGUUUACCUUUCGUUUAUAGCUUCACCGUUUUUGAAGCAAAGAAUUCGAUCAUCUUUCUUUCUUUCUUUCUUUCUGGUAAAAGAUUGACGCUGCAUUUACGGGAAGCAAUGAAAGAGAGAGGCAAAGCUGUGGAAACAUUCAACAACGACAUGGAGUAUUAUUCUUCUUCAUCGGAUCUUCCGUGCAAGAAGCACCCAUCUUCAUCAUCUGUUGGAAUAUGCGCUUAUUGUCUUAAAGACCGCCUGAUCAAGCUGGUUUGCUCCGACUGUGGAGAGCAGCGUCUCUCCUCCUGCUCUUGCUCUGAGAUCUCUUCCAAUCGCAAUUCAUGCACUGUCGAGGUGGGGAGCGUCGGUCGGGUCUCGUUCCUGAUAGAGAAUGAAAGGAGUGAAGUUUCACAAUCACAUUCUUCUAAGCCCAAACCCCCCCAAGAGAAAGCAGAGGAAGUUGUGAUGCUCAAGAGAAGCAGCAGCAGCUGCGUCGAGAUUAAAAAGAGUGCGUUUUGGAGAAUUGGGAGAUUGUUUAGGAAGAAGAGAGAAAAGAAUUGUGAGAGAUUGAGUGUUGGUGGGGGGUGUGAUGAGAAAAGUGAUUUGUGGAUGGUUGAUUAUAUGGGUGUGUCUAGGUCCAGGUCUCUUUGUAGUUUCAGGGGCGGUUGGUUGUUUGGAUCAGAGGAUGGUGGGGAUCAUUUGGUUGUAUCAGGUGCUAGGAGUUCUAUUUCUGCAGCCAGGAGUUCUGGGGUCAAUGGGGGACUUCUUUUAGAUUCUGGGAGAAGAAGUGGGUUCAGUGAAGCAGAGCCAAGAAAAAGUGGCUUUGAUGGUGAGAAGAAAGAUAGUCAAUUGGAAUCUGAAAAGGGUGGUGUGAGGAAGGGUGGUCUUCUGGAGCAUGAUGCUGGUUUAAAUGGAGGAGCUAAUAGGCGUGUUUUCUCACUCAAAGAGAGUGAUUUCAAUGGCAUAGAUGAUUCGGGCUUUAUUGACUUGAAGCUUGAUUACUCAUCAGAAUCGAAGCAGGAGUUCUCUGCUGCAAAAAUGGGUGUGAUGACAGAUCAAGAUACAGGUUUUGGUAGCAUGAGAGGGAGUAAUUUUGUGGCAAAUGAAUGUGGAGGUUCGUUUGGGAAUUUCUCUGGGGACGGGAGUUUCAGUAAUGGGGGUUCCUGUAGGAUCACGGUGAAUGAGAGAGGGAUCAAAAGGGGGAGGAAAAGUAUGAAGGGUUGGCGAUGGAUUUUCAAGCAGCAUCCUAGCUGGGGAAGUGCAAGGAAGAAGGAUGAAGAUCUUAUGUUCAAAACCUGAUAUAUGAUGAACCGAAAUGACACACAAAAAAAAAAGUUAUAUCUUUUUGUGAAGAGCAAAUGCCAAAUUCUUAUUCUGUUUUUAUGUCUUUUAGAAGGGAGUCAGUCCCCAUCUUUUAGUCUCUUCUGUUUGUAGUUUUAUGUUAAUCUGGUAA